AUGUCGGUCUCCAUUGAAACUACUCAGGUUCCCACUGCCCCCGUGGCUUCCAAGCCUGUUCUCCUGGGCCAGCAGGCUCGUAUGCCCGAGUUCAGCCUCGCCGGCAAGGUUGUGCUGGUCUCCGGUGCUGGGCGUGGUCUGGGUCUGACCCAGACGGAGGCUCUCUUGGAGGCUGGAGCAAAGGUCUACGCUCUUGACCGUCUGGAAGAACCCGCCGCAGAGUUCGCAGUGAUCCAACAACGCGCCAAGGAGCUCGGCACCGAAUUGCACUACCGCCGUAUUGACGUGCGUGACACAGAGUUGUUGAACAGCGUCAUCGAGGCCAUCGCCAACACAGAAGGCCGCAUGGACGGCCUGGUCGCCGCUGCCGGUAUCCAGCAGGAGACCACCGCUCUCGAAUACUCCGCCAAGGACAGCAACACCAUGUUCGAAGUGAAUGUUACUGGUGUAUUCAUGACUGCCCAGGCUGUGGCCAAGCAAAUGAUUCGCUUCGGUAACGGUGGCAGCAUCGCCAUGAUCGCCUCUAUGAGUGGCACAAUCGCCAAUCGGGGUCUUAUUUGCCCCGCCUACAAUGCCAGUAAGGCUGCCGUCAUUCAGCUUGGCCGGAACUUGGCUGCCGAGUGGGGUCAAUACAACAUUCGUGUCAACACCAUCUCCCCGGGCUACAUUGUUACUGCCAUGGUCGAGAAGUUGUUCAUUGAUUUCCCUGAGCGUCGCGACCAGUGGCCCAAGGAGAACAUGCUUGGUCGUCUUUCUCGUCCCGAGGAGUACCGGGGUGCCGCUGUUUUCCUGCUCAGCGAUGCUUCCAGCUUCAUGACUGGUAGCGACCUGCGCAUGGAUGGUGGCCACGCCGCCUGGUAA